UUCGCGUCUCUCCAGCCGCGCCACAGCCGCGAUCGGGGACGGCUGCGAUGGCUCCAGCGCUGGGGCUGGGGGUGCUCUGGGCGCUCCUGGGGCUUCUGGGGAACCCGGGGGGCGCGACCAAAGUUCUCCACUCACUGCAUUACCUGCACGUGGCGGUGUCAGAGCCCAGCCCGGGGAUCCCCCAGUUCAUGGCCAUUGGGUUUGUGGAUGGGAUCCCCUUCACGCGCUACAACAGCGAGCGGGGCCGGGUGGAGCCACUGACGCAGUGGAUAAAGGAUGGAGUCGAGCCAGAAUAUUGGGAGGGACAGACCCAGAUUGGUGUGAACAACCAGCACGUGCAUGCCAGGAGCCUGGAGAACCUGCGGGAGCGGUACAACCAGAGCAGGGGUCUCCACACAUGGUUGCGAGUUUCUGGCUGUGAGCUCCUGUCCGAUGGGAGCGUCCGUGGAUCCGAGCGGUACAGCUACGAUGGGCGGGAUUUCAUCUCCUUUGAUCUGGAAUCAGGGAGAUUUGUGGCGGCUGACAGCGGUGCUGAGAUCACCAGGAGAUUCUGGGAACAGGAAGAGGUGGCUGAGAGGUGGACGAAUUACCUGAAGAACGUCUGCCCGGAAUGGCUCCAGAAAUACAUCAGAUACGGGCAGAAGGAGCUGGAGCGCAAAGAGCCCCCUGAUGUCCACGUGUCCGGAAGAGAGGAACAUGGGACGCUGAUCCUGUCCUGCCAUGCGUACGGAUUCUACCCCAAACCCAUUGCAGUCAGCUGGAUGAAGGGGGGUGAAACCUUGGAUCAGGAGACGCAGUGGGGCGGGAUCGUUCCCAACAGCGACGGCACCUUCCACACCUGGGCCAGGAUCGAGGCGCUGCCGGAGGAGCGGGAGCAGUACCGGUGCAGGGUGGAGCAUCCCGGACUGCCAGAGCCUGGGAUCUUUGCUUGGGAGCCGACAUCUGGCAGGAAUCUCACUGUGAUGGUCGCUGUGUCCGUCAUCGCCGCCAUCCUCAUCCUCAUCGUCCUCAUCGGAUUCGGCGUCUGGAAGCUCCAAUCCGGGAGGAGGGACAGGAAUGGAUACAACCCGGCAGCCGGAAAAGAUGUGGGAACCAAUGGCUUGAGCACAGGAAUCACCGCCUGAGCAAUCCAUGGAGUUGGAUCUGGUCCGUUCCCUCUUCCCUGGAAAGCUGAGAGCUGCCAGCAGAGCUCAUCCUGCUGCUCCCACCCACCCCACAGCUCUUGCUAACAGAUCCAUUUCCCAUUUUCCAAUGCUUUAAAGGCAAGAACCACAAAUAUUCACAAUGCUUCGCUUCUGGUGUGAAGCUAUCCUGCUUUGGGCAAUAAAUCUGGGUUCCCUCCUCCA